AGACGUCAUCCUAUUUCGUCCACGAUGCCUCCGGCGGUUCCCAAACCCGCGGACACCUUCUACGAGCCUCUGACGGAGGACGUGGAAGAUCUCCUCGGCCGCUUCCAGCAGAAAGACUCCAUCCGCUUCGACGUCUUCUCGGCCGUCUGGAGAGACAUGCGCUUCUCCGACGUCUUCCGCGGCGUCCUCGGCAUGAGCGACACGCGGAAGUUCAGCAAGGCGGCCAUGGCCACGGCUGUCAAGUACUUCCUGCCCCCCUACUGCCUCCACGUCCGGGUGGGGGGUCUCUACCUGAUGUACGCCUUCUACCACACGCAGCUCGCCGUCCCGCCCGUGUCGAUCCGCCUGGCCCUCGGGGAUUGGGACCACAUUCAGAGCUUCCUGCAGAAGUUGGCGGUCUGCGGUCACCUGGACGUGGUCUACGUCUUCCGGUCCCUGGUCUCCUCCAAGGCCUUCCACUACACCGCCAUGCCGAUUUUGCUCACCUUCCAGAAGUCCAAGCGGCAGAGCAAGACACUGUGCAGGGAGAUGCUGGCGAGGACCACCGCGGUGAUGGAGCUCCUCACCGAGGACUUCCUGGCGGAGGUCACCAACGUCCAGACCGUCUACGAGAAGAUGAAGCAGGAAGUGGCGGAGGUCCGCCUCCAGGCCGCCAUGACUCACCCGCAGUUCGCCGCGCGCUUGAAGGGAAGUUUGACUGACUUCAUGGCGUGGCAGCAGAACACUUUCCACCCGGGAAAAGACGAGAAGCCCGCCUGUGAUGACGACGACAGCCGCAGCAGAGCCCGUUUAAUGGCGGCCAUCAAGAAGAAAAGCUAUGGACGCAAAGAAGGUGGACCCAAGUCCGAGAGGCAGUUUCAGCAGGACGUAAACGCGGUGGACUCGUCCAGCUCAGAACCAGAGCAGGGGGAAGACUGUGCCGACCCCCACCGGGUCAAGCCUCUCUCGCUGCGGGCCAGGACGUGGAAGAGUCUCGGGAAGAACACGGAGAAGUCCGAGCUGGCGCCGUGGCUGCUGAGCGCACCUGACCACGAGGGGGUGCCUUUGAGGCGGAAGUGGCAUGGACGCUCCAAGCAAUAACUGGUCACGUUUAAAAAAACAUCCAUUUUUCUACCGCUUGUCCCUUUGGGGGUUUGCGGGGGUGCUGGAGCCUAUCUCAGCUGCAUUCGGGCGAAAGGCAGGGUACACCCUGGACAAGUCGCCACCUCAUCGCAGGGCCAACACCAUAGUUGUAUUAUUGUUGUGCACUUUUUUUGUUUCAUUCCAACUUUAUUUUAUUAUUGAACAGAAUUGAUGUGCACGUUCAUUUUGUUGCAAAAUUAUUUGUUAAUGAAUAAAUGGAUUAACAACUAAUUGAGCAAUAAUUUGUGAUAUUAAAUGCCAAUACAGCAACUGGAUUAGUGUUGUCCCGAUACCAAAAUCUAUUUCAGUACUUUUCUAAAUAAAGGGGACAACAAAAAAUUGCAUUUUUGGCUUUAUUUAAAAAAAUCUUACGGUACAUUAAACAAUUGUUUUUUAUUGCAAGUGUGUCCUUAAAUAAAAU